AUGGAGAAAACAACACACAUAGCUGUUGUUCCCGGACCUGGAUUUAGCCAUCUAGUCCCUAUUCUCGAGUUCUCUAAACGACUUGUUCAGCUGCAUCCUCACUUGCAUGUCACAGCCAUCAUUCCCACACUUGGUAAUCCCACAACUAUCUCAAAAACCUUUAUUGAAAAUCUUCCACCAAACAUAACCUCAACAUUUCUUCCACCCGUGAACCCCAAUGACCUACCACAAGGGCUUGCAACUGGAGUCAAAAUGCAACUCACAGUGACACAUUCUUUGCCACUUUUACAUCAAGCCUUAAAGUCCUUGACUUCAAGGACACCCCUUGUGGCUUUGGUGGUUGAUAACUUUGCCUAUGAAGCACUUGACUUUGCUAAAGAGCUCAACAUCUUGUCAUUUAUUUACUUCCCUAAGUCAGCUUUGACACUAUCUAUGUACUUUUACCUACCAAAGUUGGACGAGGAAACAUCACGUGAAUUCAAAGAUCUUCAAGAACCUAUUCAAAUGCCAGGUUGUGUACCACUACAUGGCCGUGAUCUUCAUCACCAAAUUCAAGAUCGAUCAAGUCAAGGUUAUGAACUAUUCCUUCAACGUGUUAAGCGAUUCUCCUCAGUGGACGGGAUCUUCAUCAAUAGUUUCCUUGAAUUGGAAAAUGGGCCCAUAAAAGCAUUGACUAAGGAGGGUAGUGACAAACCUCCUAUAUAUCCUGUUGGGCCCAUUAUACAGCUUGGGCCCAAUGAUGAGUCUAAUGAGUUAGAGUGUCUAAGGUGGUUAGACAAACAACCACCUAUAUCUGUUUUGUAUGUUUCUUUUGGGAGUGGUGGCACACUAUCACAAGCCCAAAUUAUUGAACUAGCUUUGGGUCUAGAAUUGAGUAAACAUAAAUUUUUAUGGAUUGUAAGAGCACCUAGUACUUCAGGUAGUGGUGCUUACCUGAGUGCCCAAAAUGAGAACCCGUUGCAAUUUUUACCAUAUGGGUUCUUGGAGAGAACUAAACAGCAAGGCUUGGUUAUUCCAUCAUGGGCACCCCAGAUUCAAAUUCUUAGUCACAAUUCAAUUGGUGGGUUUUUGAGUCACUGCGGUUGGAAUUCAACACUUGAGAGUGUGCUGCACGGUGUGCCACUUAUAGCAUGGCCACUCUUUGCAGAACAGAGAAUGAAUGCGGUUAUGCUUUGUGAUGAUCUGAAAGUGGCACUGAGGCCAAAUGUUAAUGGCAAUGGCAUUGUGGAAAGGGAAGAAGUUGCUGAGGUGAUAAUGAAUCUGAUGGAAGUUAAAGGAGGAAAAAUGCGCAAAAUAAUGAAGAUAUUAAAAGAAGCUGCUAUUGAUGCAUUGAAAGAAGAUGGGUGUUCUACAAAGACCCUGCAUCACUCAACAUUCAAUUGGAAAAAUUUGCUUUGAAAAUAGGCUUUCUGAAAUCCUUUGGCUAGGAUCCUUACCCUUAAUUUCAUGGAGACCACAACUCACCUAGCCAUAGUUUCAGUUCCAGUAUACAGCCAUCUACGCUCAAUUCUUGAGUUCACCAAGAAACUUGUGCAUCUCCACAAAGACCUUCAUGUCACAUGCAUCAAUCCCACGUUUGGUUCUCCUUGCAAUAACACCAAAGCCCUUUUUGAAGCUCUUCCAUCAAACAUAGACUACAUGUUCCUUUCACCGGUAAAUUUGGAGGACCUCCCACAAGAGAUUCACCCUGCAAUCCAAGUUCAAUUCACAAUCUCCCGUUCUCUGCCUUCAAUUUAUGAUGCUUUGAAAACACUACAUUCUAGAUCAAAACUUGUUGCACUUGUUGCUGAUGGUUUAAUAACUGAUGUGCUACCAUUUGCCAAGGAUUUUAAUAUCUUGUCUUAUACAUAUUUCCCAUCCACAGCCAUGUUACUAUCACUCUGCUUGUACUCUUCCAUGUUGGACAAGACAAUUUCUUCCGAGUUCAAAGACCUAUUAGAGCCUAUAGAGAUACCUGGUUGCAUUCCAAUUCAUGGCACAGAUCUCCCUGACCCACUUCAAGAUCGAUCUAGUGAAGAAUACAAGCUGUUUCUUGAAGCUAAUGAAAGGUUCUAUUUAGCUGAUGGUGUAUUGGUUAAUAGUUUCCUUGAUAUGGAAGAAGGGACCAUAAAAUUCUUGCAACAACAAGAGGGUAAAGGAAUCCCUUAUGUUUAUGCAAUAGGACCUUUUGUGCAGAAUGGAUCAUGUGGUCAAGGAAGUAGCACAGAAUACAUGAGAUGGUUGGAUAAGCAGCAAGACAAUUCAAUCUUGCAUGUUUCAUUUGGAAGUGGUGGGACACUUUCUAAUGAUCAAAUAAAUGAGCUUGCUAGGGGAUUGGAAUUGAGUGGUCAAAAAUUCUUGUGGGUAUUAAGGCCACCUAAUAAAUUUGGCAUUGUUGCUGAUGCUGGUGCUGUAAAGGAGGAUCCUUUUCAAUUUUUACCAAAUGGGUUUUUGAAGAGAACAAAAGGGCAAGGUUUGGUAGUUCCUUAUUGGGCACCCCAGACUCAAAUCCUUGGUCAUAAGGCAAUUGGUGGGUUUCUAUGCCAUUGUGGUUGGAAUUCCACGCUUGAAAGUGUUUUUCAUGGUAUUCCCCUAAUAGCGUGGCCACUCUUUGCUGAGCAAAAGAUGAAUGCAGUUUUGCUAACUAACGGUUUGAAAGUGGCUCUUAGGCCUAAAGUUAAUGAGAAGGGUAUAGUGGAAAGGGAAGAGAUAGCUGAGGUCAUUAAGAAUCUAAUGGUAGGUGAAGAAGGUAAGGGAAUUCAACAAAGAAUGAAAAAGUUGAAAGGUGCUGCUGCUGAUGCUGUGAAGGAAGAUGGAUCUUCAAUGAGGACCCUAACACAGUUGGUUCUUAAAUGGAAAAGUUUGAGGGUUGCAUGA